UUCAAUUCACACGUCAUUUGAAUGUGAAAUAGUGUUUGUGUUUUGAUUUCACAUUUCGUUUACCACUGAAUAGUGAUUAACAGGCAAUCAAUCAAAUCGUUAUUAAGGGAUCCAUUGGAAGCGCAUAUCAGUGUAGCGAUGGUUCUGUCAAUCUAUGGACUUCUGGAGACCGGACUUCUGAUUGUGAAUGCAAUCGUUGUCUUAAAUGAGGACAGAUUUCUGUCCAAAAUCGGAUGGGGUCGACAUUCGCUGAACGCCGCGCAACAACAAUACGGCCAACACAUGGAUCCGUCGGUCAAAUCACAACUGCUUAAUAUGAUUCACUCCAUACGCACUGUCAUGAGAGGUAACCACAUGUCCACCACGUGUUGUCAUUAC